AUGUUAUUGUCGACAGAGUCCAGAUGUUUACGUAAACUGAUUACUGGUCGUGGAGGUAGCCGACAUACACCAGCUCAGUCAGUACUCGGAGCCAUUCAGGGAAUCGAAGUCGCUGGGCCGUCAAUCUCCAAAAACACCAUCAUCGGAAUCACGGACGCCAUUCUUAUCGUACUUUAUCUCAUUCAGCCCUUGGGCAUCUCCAAAAUAUCCAUGGUUUUCGCUCCGAUAAUCUCUGUCUGGUUCGCUUUCAAUGCCGUCUUCGGGAUUUAUAACCUCGUCAAAUACGAUGCCACUGUUUUCAAGGCGUUUUAUCCUUACUACGCCUUCGACUAUCUCAUCCGUCACAAAGAAGAAGGGUGGAGACACCUGGGUGGUGUUCUCCUGGCAUUCACUGGUGUAGAAGCACUUUUUGCGGACUUGGGAGCAUUUAGUAGAAAGGCUAUACAGCUCAGUUGGCUUGGAUAUGUGUUCCCUUGUCUGGUUUUGGGUUACGUUGGUCAAGCAGCUUUCAUUAGUGCUCACCCCGAAGCUUACUCGAAUCCAUUUUUCAACGCUGCCCCUCCAGGAACACUUUAUCCUGCUCUGGUCAUCGCCAUCCUCGCUGCCAUUGUAGCGUCACAAGCGAUUAUCACUGCGAGUUUCCAACUUUUGGCGCAGGUGAUGAAAUUCUCUUAUUUCCCUCAAUUGAAGGUCGUCCACACGUCCAAGAUCUAUUACGGCCAACUUUAUGUUCCUUUGGCCAAUUGGUUGUUGAUGGUAGGCACAGUGCUUGUAGCGUCAAUAUACAACAAUACGACUAGCUUGGGUAACGCCUAUGGUGUUUGUGUGAUGUUCGUCACUUUUUUCGACACCCUCAUGGUGACCUUGGUGUCGAUCUUUGUAUGGCGAUUCAAUCCGUUUCUCGUUGCCUUCCCUUGGAUGAUUUUUACUCUUCUCGACGCAACUUUCUUAUCCUCGGCUCUCACCAAAGUCCCCGAUGGAGCCUGGUUCACUUUGACUCUCGCCGCUGCCUUGGCUUGCGUUUUCCUACUAUGGAGGUUUGGAAAAGAACGACAAUGGCUUGCUGAAGCCAAAGACCGCUUCCCAACCUCCCAUUUCAUCGCCAGGUCGUCGGAUGGACAUCUGCGAUUAACCGAUGCGUAUUCUGGUGUCCCGCUCAGCACAAUCCAAGGUCUUGGAAUCUUUUUCGAUAAAGCUGGAGAGACAACACCAAUUGUCUUCAGUCAAUUUGUGACUAAAUUGACAUCAAUACCCGAAGCGAUUGUCUUCUUUCACCUUCGGCCACUUGACCGACCAACAAUUUCACCGGAGGAUCGCUAUACCGUAUCUCGUCUGGGGAUCCCAAAUUGCUAUCGGUUAGUCGUGCGAUACGGCUUCAACGACGAAGUUGUCACACCUGACUUGGCCACCAUCAUAUUCAAGCAGAUCCGCUCAUUCCUGAUCAAACAAACUACGAACAAUAUUAACGCCGUUCCCAGUCCGAACUUGACGUCAGGCAAAGAAGAUCAACAUAUCAAAGAUGAGAUCAUGCGUCUUGAUCGCGCUUUAGCACACAAAGUGUUGUUCUUCACAGGUAAAGGGCAAAUGAAAGUUCGGCAGAAUGGGAACUGGCUAAGGAAGCUGCUGCUAUGGGCGUUCUUAUGGAUCAGAGACAAUACCAGGAAUCGGAUUGCCAGUCUUCAGCUGCCGGUUGAAGAGAUCGUUGAGGUAGGCUUCUUAAAGGAGAUUUGA